AAUCUCUCCUCCAUACCUUCGAUCCGUUCAUACCUAUCGUCACAAUCCCUCUCCGCGCCUACAAUCAACCACAACCGUCACCAUGCCUCUCAAACUCGGGGACUACGACUCCAAUUCCUCCAGCAGAGUCAGCAGCACCGACAGGAUACAUGUCGGCGACGUGCCAGAUCCGUCUCGCAGAUCGAAUACCAAAGCGGUCGUGGUGCAUAAUGGCGGCGGGCCCAGCUACGACGAGAAGCGGCCGGCGAGCUGGGACAAGAACCGGUGGAAAUAAUCCAUCAUGCAAUACGAUACUAUGCUACUAGAGCCACCCUCUAGUAGUAAUAGUAGCUUGGUGGAUGCGGAGGCCCGCACUGAUGAACCGCGCCGGCGCCUCUGACUGGCUCCGCUUCCGCCUUUUCGACUGGCGCGCGUAA